AUGGCGAUGUACCUGUUAGCUGUAGUAGGAUUAAUGCUUGCUGCAAGCGCAGUGAACGCCGAACAAGUGAACAACUUUCGCAUGUGCCGGAAUACUCAAUGUGAAGUAUACGAUGUGUUUAUGGAUCCAUGUCCCGAUGCUUUAGACAACCUACCAUGCGAAUUUCUACAAGACAUGAACGCGUCCAUCACAUUCAAAUAUAAACCUAAAUUUGGUUCGACCUUACCAAAGACAAGACUAUACGUUGGAACCGUGUUGAGCCCUGAUUUGGAAUUCCCACUUAUGGACAUGUACACGAACGCAUGCUUAUACACAAGUUGCCCCAUGGUGAAGGACACCGAACAGAUUUGGCUGUUCAGUUUAUUCGUGCCUAAAUACUAUCCUAAGUUUAGUUACAUAGUCAAGUUCAAGUUCUGGAACGACGAACCUAAUGCCCCCAGUAACGACCAAUGCUGCUUUAAAUUCGACGUCAGGAUCGUGUAA